AUGGGGCACGUUAACCUGGUCCUGCUUAUGGACAUUUCACGGGCCAGAAAAACCCUCACCAUCGAGAAAUACGUCCCGUAUGCGCGGCAACAUCCGCGAACGAGAGCGCAAGCGGCCGGGACUGUUCACGUUCGUCGGUGCGUUUCCACCAUCGUCGUCAAUAUGAAGGCCAACCCUCCUUCCGUCCAGGGUGCCCCGCUAACCCUGGAGUUUGAGAUAAUCGUCGGACGGCCUGCCGUUGGACAAGAGCAUGAUGUAGUUUUUGAUUCUGCUGCGCUACUUGCAAUAGCGGGGGGUGUUUUUCGAGGAAUGCCUUAG